AUGUCGGACGAGAAAUACGACACUACUGAGCAGCGUGAGUACGCGCCGCCGGCUCCAAAAAUGACGGCUGGUCGCUACAUCGCCACGCGUAUUCCAACUCUCAAGCCUGCUCAUGAUAAAGUCGCCAACCCGAUCGCCCUACUGCGCUUGCUGAAUCUGCAACAAUGGCUCUUCUUUCUAGUCGCGUUCUUCGCCUGGACCUGGGACGCCUUUGACUUUUUCACCGUGUCUCUCACAGUCACGGAUCUUGCCGAAACAUUUGGAAAGACCAAGGCCGACAUCACUUGGGGUAUCACACUGGUGCUCAUGUUGCGCAGUGUGGGUAGUAUCAUCUUUGGUCUGGCGGCGGAUCGCUAUGGCAGGAAAUGGCCUUUCAUCGUCAACAAUGUGCUCUUUAUCAUCCUCGAGCUUGGUACCGGAUUUUGCUCCACCUACAAUGAGUUCCUAGGAGUGAGAGCUUUGUUCGGCAUUGCCAUGGGUGGAUUGUAUGGUAACGCUGCUGCGACUGCUCUUGAAGACUGCCCUGAACAAGCUCGUGGUAUCAUUUCCGGGAUGCUACAGCAAGGAUAUGCGUUCGGCUACUUGCUUGCCACUGUCUUUGCCCGCGCCUUCGUAGAUACCGUCGGUCACGAAUGGAGACCACUAUUCUGGUUUGGUGCUGGCCCGCCCGUCCUAAUCAUUAUCUUCCGACUUUGUCUCCCUGAGACGCAAGCCUACCUCGAGCGCAAGCGAAUCCGCGAGGAACAACCUAACGCGGCCAAAGUGUUCGCCCAAGAAGGCAAGGUAGCACUAAAGCGCCAUUGGCUUCUACUUGUUUAUCUUGUGUUGCUGAUGGCGGGCUUCAACUUCAUGUCUCAUGGAAGUCAGGACCUUUACCCGACAAUGCUGAGCAACCAAUACAACUUCUCAGCCAACAGGGUUACCGUCACACAAGUAGUCGCCAACCUUGGCGCUAUGACUGGUGGCACCGUCAUCGGAUAUAGUUCGUCUAUCUUCGGUCGUCGCAUCAGCAUAAUUGUCAUGUGUGUUAUCGGCGGCGCUCUACUCUACCCCUACACAUUUACCUCUAGCAACGCUGUCAUUGCAGCAGCCUUCUUCCAACAGUUCUGUGUCCAAGGCGCUUGGGGUGUCAUUCCCAUCCACCUCAUGGAGCUGUCUCCGGGAUCAUUUCGAACGUUCGUUGUCGGUACAUCAUAUCAACUUGGUAACCUCGCGUCGUCUGCUUCAUCGACCAUCGAAGCGACGAUUGGUGAGAGAUUUCCACUUCCGCCCAAGGGCCAUACGAGCCGCUACAAGUAUGGUCUGGUGAUCUGCAUCUUCAUGGGCUGUGUGUAUGCGUACGUUAUCUUGCUCACGGCAUUGGGUCCGGAAUACAGAGGAAGGAACUUUGACGUGGCUGCUGAUGAAGAUAUGGCGGUGGUGACGGGGGCAGAUGAGGGCAAGUAUGUUGCGAGACAGGAUAGCGACGUGGAGACCAGAGGACAUGUGUAG